AUGCGUAUGGCACUAUUAUCCAAAAACAAACUCCAAUUUGUUGAUGGAUCUAUUCCUGCUCCUUCUCGUAUCGAUCCUCUGUUUUCUGCUUGGGAGAGAUGCAACAAUAUGGUAAUUUCUUGGCUUAAUCAUUCCAGCACUCCUUCUAUUUUCAAUAGUGUUUUAUGGAUUGAUAAAGCCUCAGAUAUAUGGAUCGAUCUUCGCGAACGUUUUUCGCAAGGUGAUCUUUGUAGAAUCUCUGAUCUACAAGAGAAGAUUUAUGCUUUCAAACAAGAUGACAAAUCUGUCACUGAUUACUUUACUGAGCUGAAAAUACUUUGGGAUGAAUUAUUGCAAUUUAAAUCACGCCUUCUUGCUUCAGUAUUACUGACUUGUUCAUGUGGCGCUGUUACUACUACUCGUACCUAUCAUGAACAAGACUAUGUGAUUCAUUUUUUGAAGGGUUUGAAUGACUCUUUUUCCGCUGUGCGAUCUCAAAUACUUCUAAUGGAUCCUCUGCCUUCUAUUAACAAGGCAUUUUCUAAAGUAAUUCAACAGGAACGGCAAUUCAAUAUUACCUCCUCUAAAUCAUUUGUUAGCAAUACUGUCAGAUCUGCUAAUGAUUCAUCCAGGAAAUCACAAUCUAGUACUUCAUCUUCUACAUAUGUUGACAAAUGUUGGUGUACCUUUUGUCAACGGCCUCGGCAUACCAUUGACACAUGUUACAAAAAGAAUGGAUAUCCCUCUGGUGCUAAGCCUCGUGCUCCCAUUUCUCGAGCACACAAUGUUGUUUCUGAUGAUAUUGAUGAUUCAUUGGAGGAUUCUAAAUCUGUUACUGCUUUUCCUGUUGGUGAUUCUUCUCAUAGUUCUGGUUCUAUUGUUAAUCUCACUCAAGAGCAGUAUGAUCAGCUGCUUGCCUUACUUCAGACCUCUUCCCUAGCCACUAAGCCCACAACAUCUUCUCCAUCUCAUGUUACAAACAAUAUCAUGACUGAUCCUACAUCAUCCUUUUCUCUUGUUGCUUCCGAUGGUAAUAUUUUCACCCCUUCUUCUUCUGUUAAAUUUUCCUUUUGGAUAGUUGAUACUGGUUCUACAGAUCAUAUUACACACUAUUUAUCUUCUUUUACCUUUUAUAAACGCGUUAAACCUAUUUUUGUUACAUUACCAAAUGGAUCAAAGGUUCCUGCACAUUUUUCUGGCACUGUCAUAUUCAAUGACCAUUUAUGCUUAACUGAUGUUCUUUAUAUUCCUCAAUUUUCAUUCAAUCUCUUAUCUGUUACAAAACUCACCUCUAACCUACCAUGUUGCUUCACUGUUCAUGCUUCUCAUUGUACUAUACAGGGUUUACCAUCCUAG